AUGGACUAUCUGAGAUACGCACUACCUGGACAAGGUAUUCAGUUUUAUAACUCUCCUAUCGGUAAAUCUGAUACAUUGAAAAGAACAAAUGGACAAUUAGUACCCAGCCACGAAUACAAAGAUGUACCAACGGUAAUUCCGGCUGACUGGGAUGUAUCUCCCGGCGAUGUAUUAUCAUGGGCAAAAUAUCGAGCUUCAGAAUGUUAUUUUGUUUUGGAUGAUGGUACAUUAUUGAAAAAUCCCGAUAGAUCAGGUAGUGGUUAUUUAACCAUUCCUUUUAUAAUAACUCAACAUACUCGUAAUGUUAUGAUGAUGUAUGAGUAUGUUCUUAACGAACUGGGUAAAGAUUACGUAUCGACAAUUGAAAUGCAUCCACAAGAUAAAUUUAUUGUUAGAAACUAUGGUGAAUUACCAGAACGAAUGUGUACACGUAAUUUAGAAUAUAUUUAUGAUCCAUUAGAAAAAUUUCUCUAUGUUCAUGUUACUGGUACAUCUGGAAAAUCAAAAGAAUUUAAAUUAGGUGAAACAACGGUAAAAGACAUUGAACAAUGGUAUAAUGGUAUCAAAGAUGAACAAGCUCAACUUAGAGUUCAGUAUAAUUUUGAUGGCGUUCAAUAUCAGAAAUAUCGAGAUUACAAAUUACAAUAUGAAACAAUACAAAUACCCAAAACGUGGACAAUACAACCAGGAAUAACUAAUGCUGGACAUGAUCACAUCAGAGGUGAAUGGAUAUUGACUGGUGAUCGAAAACAUGUGAAUGAUGCUAAAAAACAAAUUCUAGAAUUUUAUAAAGAUUUAGUCGUCGAUAUUGAAGAAAUACCAGCAUAA